AUGUCUCAUGUGACUUUUAUCCUGUCUCACAUUCUACGCUCUAUCUUUUUUUCUCAUGUCCUAUUCUUCUCUGUCACUUUUAUCCGAUCCCACAUUCUUCGCACUUUUUUCUCAUAUCCUAUUCUUGACUGCCUCUUUUACCCCAUCCCACAUUCUUCACUGUGUCUUUUUCCUCAUAUCCUAUUCAUCAUUGUCUCUUUUACCCCGUCCCACAUUAUCGCUCUUUCUUCUCAUAUCCUAUUCUUGACUGCCUCUUUUACCCCAUCCCACAUUCUUCACUGUGUCUUUUUCCUCAUAUCCUAUUCUUCAUUGUCUCUUUUACCCCGUCCCACAUUAUCGAUCUUUUCUUCUCAUAUCCUAUUCUUGACUGCCUCUUUUACCCCAUCCCACAUUCUUCACUGUGUCUUUUUCCUUAUAUCCUAUUCUUCAUUGUCUCUUUUACCCCGUCCCACAUUAUCGUCUUUCUUCUCAUAUCAUAUUCUUGACUGCCUCUUUUACCCCAUCCCACAUUCUUCACUGUGUCUUUUUUCCUUAUAUCCUAUUCAUCAUUGUCUCUUUUACCCCGUCCCACAUUUUCGCUCUUUUUCUCAUAUCCUAUUCUUGACUGCCUCUUUUACCCCAUCCUAUAUUCUUCAUUGUGUCUUUUUCCUCAUAUCCUAUUCAUCAUUGUCUCUUUUACCCCGUCUCACAUUUUCCUCUUUCUUCGUAUAUUCUAUUCUUGACUGCCCUCUUUUACCCCAUCCCAUAUUCUUCACUGUGUCUUUUUCCUCAUAUCCUAUUCAUCAUUGUCUCUUUUACCCCGUCUCACAUUUUCACUCUUUCUUCGUAUAUUCUAUUCUUGACUGCCUCUUUUACCCCAUCCCAUAUUCUUCACUGUGUCUUUUUUCCUCAUAUCCUAUUCAUCAUUGUCUCUUUUACCCCUGUCUCACAUUUUCACUCUUUUCUUCGUAUAUUCUAUUCUUGACUGCCUCUUUUACCCCAUCCCAUAUUCUUCACUGUGUGUCUUUUUUCCUCAUAUCCUAUUCAUCAUUGUCUCUUUUACCCCGUCUCACAUUUUCACUCUUUCUUCGUAUAUUCUAUUCUUGA